GAAAAACCUCGCGAUUUAAGCAAUUUAAUCCGUCGUUUUUUGCCUGUUUUGUGAGCGAGUAAAGUCGAGUAAAGUUAGCGGUUAGCAUUCAGCUGCGUUUCGACUCCACAAUGUCAGAGGAGCACCAAGUCAACGGCGAGUCUUUCAGCACGUCUGCACAGCAGUUGGCCGAUGCUUUGGAGGAACUGAAGACAUGGAAGAAAAAGGUGGAGGAGGCAGAUGCUGAAAAUUCCAGAUUGCUGCUGGAAAAGAUGGACGCAGAGAAUGAAAAGAGAAAAGUCCAGCAAGAAACGACGGAGUUGAUGAAAGUCGAAGAACAACUUGCAGCUGAGUUUAACAAAAGGAUGCAAGCCAUACAGGAGGAAAUUCUCCAUCUUCAUAAUGCCAAACAGGAUCUGCAGGAGAAGCUGCAGAAUUAUAAAGAACAGCUGAAGUCCAAGAAAGCUGAGGCAGACUCUUUGCAGCAGAGAUUCAAGAUCAAAGCUCAGAUCCCUAAAAAAAAAAUGAAGUUCACCCACGUGGAUGAACAGGCAGCAGGUGAGAGUGAGAACGGAGAGAAUGUGGUUCUGAACACGAGGGCAGUGUUUACCAUCACUCAGAGACCUUCUAUCCUGCUGAAAGGUGGACAAGCACUCAUCACGUUUGAGGAAGAGAAAGUGGCAGAUCAGAUCCUAAGGCUGGCAAAGUGCUCUGUAACCUGCGACAGAUCCAAGAUAGACGUGAAGCCACACUCCUUAUCUCUAGAUCCCUCUGUGAAAUUUGAGGUCCACAUUACUGUGUCCAAGAAGACCAUCAAGUUCUCCAAUGUUCCUCCGAUUAUGGCUGAGGAGCGAAUGAGGGACCGGCUGGAGUUGAGCUUCUCCAAGCCCAGCCGUGGCGGAGGAGAAGUGGAGAGAGUGGAAUACGAUUCAAAGACUGGGACAGGCCGCAUUACCUUCCUCAAUACUGGAGUUGCGGAGGAUCUGGUUCUUAAACAAAAGUUCUACGUCAGUAUAGGCCAUGGGAUGGAGGUCAAUGUUGCACCACUUUUUGAAUUUCAGCUGAGAAAGUUUCAGACGUUCUCAGGGGUGCCAAAGCGCACUGUGCUGCUGAAGGGCAUUCAGGAUGUGACGGAUGAGGAGGAUCUGCAGGACCAUCUGGAGAUCCACUUCCAAAAACCCAGCAAUUACGGUGGAGAAGUGGAGUCCAUUAAAUAUGUGUCUGCUGGAAAAGAGCUGACAGCGUUCUUCGUUGAGGACAGCGCUGAAGUGGAAGCUCAGUAAUCGGAGCAUCUGCCCUGCUGAAUACAACUCGCCUCCCCAGCCUCUGAGACCUUGCUGUGAUCACAUGCCAAUCAGACGUAUUAUUUCAUUACUUGGAUGUAUGUUUGAGUGUAACUUUUAUGGUUGCACGUUCUGUGUAAUACAUAUAGCAAAUAUAGAAGUGUACAUAUAGCUGACAAACCUGGUUGAUUAGCAGAUUAGGAUUACAGUGUGCCAUUAGAAAGUAUGCCAAGAAUAUCAGAAGUAAAAUGAUCAGGUCUUAAAUUCUGUUUACAUAUCUAUGUGUUUUUGCUGAUCUGACAAGAACCUUAUUAUAGCCUUUUCUUUCAACUGGGAACCUUAACAACCUAAAAAAUUGCCUGAAUGACCUUGACCGUUAAUUUGAAAGCUCUGCCGAUCAUCUUCUUCUAUAGAGUGGCUAAAAGCUAUGCUAAAACAGAUUUUUAUUUACUUAUAUAUAUAUAUAUAAGACAUUAUUGAAUGCAGUUUAAUUGGCAAUUGUCAAUCAUGUACAAGUCGGGUCAUGUACAAGAGUAAAAAAAAUACAGCAAUAAAUUUACCAUAAGUAUAAAUAUUUCUCUCAAUAUUGCUUCACUGAUAAAUCUAGCUCUUGUUUAUUGUGGUCUUUUGGAUGAUGGUCUUCAGUUUAUCUAUUAAAGCUGAUCAUGUAUGACA